AUGUUCAAGACGCCUGGAGUGCAGUGGCGGCUGGGCUUGGUGGCUCUCUACCUGUGGGUGUUCGGGGUGGUGCACACCAAAGACACACCCUGGACGUGUCCCCAACCCUGCCGAUGCAACGGCAGAACCCUGGAGGCCAACUGCUCCGACUGCCAGCUCGGGCUGGUUCCAGACGGGUUCCCGCAGGACUGUCGACUUCUGAACCUCACUCACAACCACCUCAAGAUCCUGGUGAGCCAGCAGUUCAAGACGUGGACACAGCUUGUGGAGUUGGACGUAAGCGACAACCCCCUAGUGAUGAUUGAAGCUGAAGCCUUCCUGGGACUAAGCAGCCUGCUCACGCUUCGCCUUGCCCGCAACCGUCUCAGGGUUAUUCCUGCAGGGGCGUUCAAAGGCCUGCCGCGACUGAAGCUGCUGGACAUACGGGACAAUCAGAUACUCGUAUUGCUGGACUUCACCUUCCAAGACUUGCCAUCUCUGCUGCGAAUCGACACAGGCCGAAGUGAUCUGGUCUUCGUUUCGCCACACGCCUUCGCCGGCUUGACCAAUCUGCGAGAGUUAAACGUAGACAGAUGCAAUCUGACUGCGGUGCCAACCGAGGGACUCAGACCUCUGAACGGGCUUGGGACGCUCAGCUUUCACCGGCUCGGCCUCACCACGCUGACCAACUAUUCUUUCCGAUGGUUGGGGAACCUCAAGAAGCUUGUCAUCUCCCAUUGGUCUGUUCUGGAGACCUUGGAGGGAAACAGCCUCUUUGGCCUGAAUCUCACCUUCCUGACUGUAAGCCACUGCAACCUCAGUGUCGUCCCCUACGCCUCGUUGCACCAUCUCGUAUACCUUGUGCACCUCGACUUGUCCUUCAACCCCAUCCGGUACGUGCGUGGGAACUCGCUCAGAGACCUGCUGCGCCUCCAAGAGUUCCACCUGGUGGGCGGUCAACUGCUCCGCAUCGACCCCAGAGCCUUCCACGGUCUGGCCCGGUUCAAGGUGCUCAACGUUUCGGGAAACCUUCUGAAAACGCUCGAGGAGGGGGUCUUCAGUUCGGUCAGCAGCCUGGGCGUGCUGAGACUCGACGACAACCCCCUGGCCUGCGACUGUCGGCUGCUAUGGGUGCUGCGAAGACGGGUCCAUCUCGUCUUUGACAGGCAGCCGCCGGUGUGCACCACCGAGGUCCGGUUCCAGGGCUGGAGCUUUAUGGAUUUUGCCGAGGUCGAUCUUCCGGGUCCGUUUACCUGUCGCCGCUCUCGAAUAGUGAACCGCAAACCUCAAUACGUGCAGAUAGCCGAGGGAUACACGGUUCAUUUGCACUGCCACGCAGAGGGUGAUCCGACGCCAUCGGUCAGCUGGCUGAACCCGCAGCGUGUUCAGCUGUCGGCCGUCGGGAGGCUGCAGGUCCUCGCUAACGGCUCUCUGGAGGUUCGCUACGCACAGGCGCGGGACAGCGGUGUUUACGUCUGCCUGGCGUCAAACGCCGGGGGGAACGACACCAUUCGUGUGAGUCUCGCAGUGCGAGGCUUCUCUCGUUCGUCCCGAAACUCCUUGCUUUUCAACGAAACCCAGUCGUUUCCGUUUGAGGUAAAAACACUGGCGGUUGCGAUCACCAUUGGGGUUCUUUCAUUCUUUAGUUCGGUCACCAUUUGUUUUAUUUUCUUGUUUCUCUGGAGCAAAGGAAAGGGGCAAUACAAGCACACAGCAACGAUUGAAUAUGUGCCGAGAAGUGCAGCAUCAAAUAACAACAACGGAGGCAAAGGCCAUGGGGAGACCGGCAGAUUCACAAUGAAGCUGAUAUAGGUGAUUCAUUGUAUCACACGCUUCUGCUGACUGUACACACAUCACGUGGUUGGUUUUGUCUUUAUAUAUGGCUAAACUAAUUAAAAAUGGAAGGAAAAACGGGUAAUGAUCGAACAUGUUAUCAUCUCAUGGGGCGCAAGUUAAGCUAGCCCCAAGUUGUUUGAAAACACCUGAA